AUGAUGAGGGAUCCGAAUGCCUACAGCGAUGUAGAGAGUGACGACACUAAUGACGGCGAGGUCGACGACAAUAAGGGCGAGGAGGAGUCUCCUAGCGGGAAGCGCGUGGCGAAGCGCCGCAAGACCACCAUAAGAACCUUCAAAGAGAAUUUCACCCGAACUCCGAAGACGUUCAAUCCUGAGAACCGCGUAGAGCGUCAGAUCCCCUGCGUCCCAUGCCUCAGCGCAGCCCUCCACGGCAACAGUGACGGCAGAUGUUUUAAGGGUAACGGAAACCGUUGUCUCCGCUGCUUCGGUGGUCGCUCUAAGGAGAAGUGUGUGCCUAUUGCUCCUACGUUACGUGUUUUCGCGCGCCAGCACAUUGAGAUUAUGAGCCGCCGUCACAGAGCCUCUGAGAUAGGCCGCCUCCGAAGCGCUAUUCGUCUCGUGCGAGACUACACAGAGGACAUUGAGCACGAGGUCAUUAGUGCUCACAUAGCUACAACCCCAGCUGAACCUGAGGUCCAGCAAGCACUCCAACUCUCAACACUUCAGGGCUCGACUGUCGUCGCCAACAUCGCUCCGGUCGAGGGUUCUGCUCCAGCUGUUGUUGUUAAGGAGGUAAUAGACCCAAUCUUUGUCAAGAAGGAGGCUGCCAGCAACCUAGUUGCCGUGGUUGAUAACUAUAACGAGCGCAAGGCGAAAUUCCUUGACGCGAUUGAGCCUCUUGUUGAUGGCCCUUUGGUGGGAGCUAUUGGUAGAUACCUUGAUAAGCACAUGAAAUAG